AUGACAACUACAACAGUACAAAACCAAACGAAAAAUAAUGGAACACCAGCCAAGGUACCAAAGAACUAUGGCAAAAUUGUUCUCACUCUUCACAACUGCCUUUUACCAGAAUCUGCAUUUAAAGAGACCCCAUCACAAAUUGAUGGUCUGGACAUUGAGACAGAAACUGACCUUCGAAUUUUAGGUUGUGAAAUGAUACAAACCGCUGGCAUUCUGCUGAAACUGCCACAAGUAGCUAUGGCAACUGGCCAAAUGUACUUACAAAGGUUCUAUUAUUCGAAAUCUUUUGUAAGGUAUCCAAUGGAAACAACUGCAAUGGGUAGUAUCUACUUAGCUUCAAAAGUCGAAGAGAAACCAUGUAGGAUUCGAGACGUUAUCAACGUUUUCCAUCACAUCAAGCAAGUUAGAGCACAGAAGAAUAUUUCACCUCUCAUUGUUGAUCAGAAUUAUAUAGAACUUAAGAAUCAAGUGAUAAAAGCAGAACGAAGAAUACUUAAAGAGCUAGGUUUCUGCGUGCAUGUUAAACAUCCACAUAAACUUAUUGUUGUAUAUCUGCAGCUGCUGCAAUAUGAAAAGAACAGACAGCUCAUGCAAAUGGCAUGGAAUUACAUGAAUGAUGCUUUACGCACUGAUGUGUUUAUGAGAUUUCCUCCAGAAACAAUUGCAUGUGCUUGCAUCUAUUUAACGGCUCGUAAAAUUGGCCUACCACUGCCAAACAACCCGCAUUGGUUUUUACUGUUCAAAGUAACGGAAGAAGAUAUAAAGGAAGUUUCACUUAGAAUUUUGCAGCUAUACAAAAGGCCUAAAGUUAAUCCAGAAGAAUUGGAAAGCAAGGUAGAUUUGUUAAGGAAGAUAUACCAAGCAAACAAACACUUGCAAGCUCAAAAAGAUAGAGAGGCAAAGGAAGAGAAAAAAGCUGAUUCACCAGCCGCAUCAACAUCGAAGGAUUCUAAAAGAGAUGUAAAGAAAGAGAAAUCACCAAAAACCCCACCGUUAUCAAAAUAUCAUAGCAGUGGACAUAAGAAACGCGAGAGACGCUCACGUUCUCCAUAUGACCGCAAAAGAGAAUACUCAAGUAAAAGGCAUAAAUCUAGGUCAAGGGAUAGAGAAUUGGAUCGAUCACGUGAAAGAAGGUCAGAUGACAAAAGAAGUCGUACCAAUUCUAGGAAAUAUGAUGAUUAUGACCGUUCUAAGUCAAGCAGAGAUGGUCGAGACAGCAGGGACGACAAACGUAAACAC